UCCUGGGAGUGGAUUUGCAAAGUGCAGCACUGUCCAAUACUUUUCGCUUAAAAUUCAAAACUCGACCCCGCAAACUCUUAAUUUGCCGCAUUAAAUAUAUAGACAAGGUCGCAAAGAUAAUUUCUAUAUUAUUAAAAUCGUGUUAAACUGCACCAGUUGUAUUGUGAACUCGGCAAAAUAACUAUCGUUUCAAUAGGCACUUUACACAUGCGCAUCGGGCAUUGUGUACACACGGAAGAUGAUGGCAGAUUUCCGUACUGUUAAAGGGACCAGCAGCCAUACGUGGAUACAGCGAGGCUGCGGGAGACAGUGGUAGCUAAGAGUCGCCAGCAACGUUGCAUUUUCUUCGGAGAGUACGCCGUUUCUGCAUAACAGAACAAAGGCAACAGCGAGUUAGCAAAACAUUUUAACGUCAGCAUAAACCCGUCAGGUACGAAAGUCUCGCCUUUUAUAAAGUUGAAUCUGUGAGGCUGAUUGACCAACACAAUCGGAACUGAAGGGGAUUCAUUCCCGCAGAAUUUACCGAGCUAACCUUAGCCUCAAGCUAGCAAUACCGUCUUGGAGAAAAGCACAGCAGCAGGUCUACGAAUCAGCCGCAACCGUGGAGUCCGCAGUGCCUCCACUCCAGUGUGAAUGAGGGCGUCAUGGCGGACCACAGCCCCUCUCUGGACUCCGGCCAGCUGCACAGCCCUGACCUCCCGCUCCUUGCCCCGCCCCUCCCGCCCACCAUGGCCAACGGUGACGGCCCACAACAGGUAAUCUUGGUGCAGGUAAAUCCAGGUGAGGCCUUCACAAUUCGACGAGAGGAUGGUCAGUUCCAGUGUAUCACAGGUCCUGCUCAGGUCCCCAUGAUGUCCCCAAAUGGUUCAGUGCCUCCAAUCUUUGUGCCUCCAGGAUACGUUUCACAGAUCAUCGAGGAGAAUGGGGUUCGGCGGGUCCUGGUAUUACCUCAGCCGGAGUACCACCCCGGCGGUCACUCCCCGCUGCACGCCCCGCCCCCCCACGCCCACCUCCCGGCCUUCAUCCCGCACCCGGCCAUGAUCCCGCCCCCGCCCCACCCCAUGUACACGGGCGUGGCCGGCGGGGUGCCGGACCUGAGCUCCCAGUACAUCCCCCAGUACCACGCUGCCCAGAUCUACUCAGAGCAAGUUCCCGGUGACUCCCACGGCCCGCACGGCCGGCCGCCGCUGCUGCACCGGGACGAGAGGGCCAACAAGGCGUACGAGAGGCUGCAGCGCAAGCUGAAGGAGCGGCAGACGGGAGGAGGAGGAGGAGGAGGCGCCAAGGACAGGCCCAGCAGCCCCCCUCCCUCCCCGCAGAAGAACCACUGCUCCACCCCCUCCCCGGACGUGCCCAACGGGGUGGAGACCCAGGCCGAGCACGAGCAGUGCCAGGCCGUCGCCACGGCGACCGGCAGGGGCAAGCAGGCGGGCAAGACCAAGUCCGGCCCGUGCAUCGAGACCGAGGCGGAAGAGCUGGAUGAAGAGGCAGAGACGCUCAGGUCUGUGCUCUCCGCUGUCGGCAAGCCUGAGGUGGUGGAGGUCCAGGCCCGGACGGUGCAGCUGAAAUGGGCCGCCCCGGUGGCGCCGGGGAACGAGGAGAGCUCCCCAGAGGCCCAAAAAAGCUCAGGACCCUUCAACUACGAGGUCACCCUGUCCAGCAGCGGCAAGGACGGCAAGUACAAGGCCAUGUACAGUGGCCCAGAAUUAAGUGCAACAGUGGAAGACCUAAGACCAGCAACAGACUACCAUGCAAGGGUCCAGGCCCUGUAUAAUAGUUUACAGGGCAGUGUCUCUGAGCCCGUCAGCUUCACAACGCUCAGCUGUGAGCCGGACACCCCCAGCCCGCCGAGGAAGAGCAGCGGGACCAAGAGCGCCCUCACUCUGCAGUGGAAGGCUCCCUGUGACAACGGUUCCAAAAUCCAGAACUACGUCCUGCAGUGGGAUGAGGGUAAAGGAACAGGAGAGUUUGAGCAGUGUUACUACGGACCCCAGAAGCAGUAUCGGGUGACCAAGCUUUCGCCAGCCUCCAGAUACUCCUUCCGCCUGGCAGCCAAAAACCACAUGGGCACCAGUGGCUACAGCGAGGCGGUUGACCUCUUCACCUCGGGCAGCGUGCCGGCGGUUCCUGCCAGCCCUGAGCUGGUGCAGGCUGGCGUGACCUGGCUCUGCUUACGGUGGCAGCGCCCGAACAGCUCCCCCGCCGAGGACGACAUCUUCUACAUCCUGGACAUGGAGGAGGAGGGCUCGGGCUACGGGUUCCAGCCCAGGUACGACGGCGACGAGCUCUCCUGCACAGUGAAGAACCUCCACCGGAGCACCAAGUACAAGUUCAGGGUGUUGGCGUAUAACGCGGAGGGGAAAAGCAACCCCAGCCCGGUGUCAGAGUUCAGCACCUCCCCCGACUCUCCCAGAAACCCCUGCAGGCUCGCCGUCAGGGGCAAGGUGAACCCCAACAGCUUCAAGAUGUCCUGGGAGCCCCCUAGUGAUGAUGGAGGAGCAGAAAUCACAGAGUACGUUGUCGAGAUAUCAGAAGGAUCGAACGGUGCCUUGUGGGAGGUGGUGUACAGAGGUUCUGCCCUGGAGUGUGUUUGCGAUGGACUGAAGCCUGGCUCCUCCUACCAGACCAGGGUCUACUGCAUCAGUCAGGGGGGCCAGAGCCCAUUGUCAGACACCCUGCAGGUGCACACCCCCGCCGUGCCCCCCGGGCCCUGCCUGCCCCCCAGGGUGGUGGGCCGGCCCAAAGCCAGGGAGCUGCAGCUGCGCUGGGGGCCCCCCCUGGUGGACGGAGGCUGCGCGGUGUCCUGCUACACCCUGGAGGUGACGGAGGCGCAGGGGGAGGAGCACAGGGAGGUGUACCAGGGCGCGGAGCUGGACUGCACCGUCAGCAGCCUGCUCCCGGGGAAGAGCUACAGCUUCCGCCUGCGUGCGGCCAACAAAGCCGGGUACGGGCCCUUCUCGGAGCGCAGUGAGGUCACGACCGGCCCCGGGGCCCCUGAGCCGUGCAGGGCCCCCCAUGUGGCCUGCAAGUCCCCCGCCUGCGUGGUGGUGAGCUGGGAGAGCCCGCCCAGUAACGGCGCGCAGGUGACGGAGUUCCGGCUGGAGUGGGGCGCGGCCGAGGGCAGCAUGCAGGUGUGCUACGCGGGGGCGGGGCUGAGCCACGAGAUGAAGGGCCUGAACCCGGCGACCAUCUACUUCUGCAGGGUGCAGGCGGUGAACGUGGCGGGGGCGGGGCCUUUCAGUGAGGUCACGCUGUGCCAGACUCCCUGCUCUGUGCCCGCGGCCGUCAGCAGCGUCCAGGCCCUGAAGGAGGCGGAGUGGAGCGACCUGCAGGAGGAAGAGGAGGACGAGGAGGAGGAGGAGGAGGAAGGCGAGGGAGUGGGCCCCCUGUGCCCCUCGUCCUGCCUGGGCCUGCGCUGGGACCCCCCCUGCGACAACGGGGCCGAGAUCACCGCCUACCUGAUAGACCUGGGGGAGCGGCAGCCCAUCUCUGUGGGACCCACCACCCGCCACGUCAUCCGCCAUCUGCAGCCUGACACCAGCUACAGGAUACGAAUCCAGGCGCUGAACAGCCUGGGGGCGGGGCCGUUUAGCCACACCCUCAAGCUGAAGACGAAGCCCCUCCCCCCGCAGCCGCCCCGCCUGGAGUGCACCGUCUUCAGCCACCAGACCCUGCGGCUGAAGUGGGGGGAGGGGCCGGCGAAGGCCACGCCCUCCGACUCGCUCCAGUACCACCUCCAGAUGGAGGACAAGCUCGGGAGGUUUAUAUCCUUAUACAGAGGACCAUGCCACACUCACAAAGUCCAGAGGCUUUCAGAGUCUACCUCUUACACCUUCCGCAUCCAGGCCUUUAACGAAGCGGGGGAGGGGCCCUUCUCCCCCCUUUACACUUUCACCACCCCCCUCUCCCCCCCCGCGCCGCUCAAAGCUCCCAGAAUCGAGCGGCUGGAUGACCACGCCUGUGAGGUGAGCUGGGAGCCCAUGCCGCCGAUGAAGGGAGACCCCAUCAUCUACAUUCUGCAGUGCAUGAUGGGAAACUCUGACUUCAAACAGGUGUACAAGGGCCCAGCCACGUCCCACCAGGUGCCGGGUCUGCAGCCCAACUGCGACCACCGCUUCAGAGUGUGCGCCAUCCGCCAGUGCCAAACGCCCCCCGACCUGACGGGCCCCUACAGCGCCACCGUCACCCUCUCGCCCCAGCGCGUGGAGGCGGCGGGGCCCGGGGGCGGAGCCACGGCCGGGGCGGGGCCCCGGGGGGGCGGGGCCGAGGCGGGCUGGGCCCGGCGCAGCCUGACGGACGAGCAGUGCGCCGCCCUCAUCCUGCUCCUCUUCGCCGUCAUCUCCAUCCUCAUCGCCUUCGUCAUCCAGUACUUCGUCAUCCAGUGAGCCCCCGCCCGCCCGGCCGCCCGCCCGCCCGUCAGUCACGUGCGCGGAGCGUCCCGCUAACGGGCUGGAGGGAGUUAGCAGAGGUACCGGCGCUGACGGCACUGGGGCGUGAACGCCGCUCGACCACACCUUCAAAACACAGGGCCCUGCUCGAAAAACCACCCCUUUCCAGCGCGUUCUCCCUUUCUCCUUUUUUUCUGCCCUCUGUCUCGCCCUCCUCUCGUUCUUCCUUUCUUUUUUUAUUCCUCACUCCACAUAUUCCUCCUCUGUUCUCUUCUUGCACAUGGCCUUGUGUUUCUUACCCACGCGGGAUUGGCUUGGAAUGUGGCAGAGAUUGUGCUACAUUCUAUUACAUCACUUCCUCUGUGUGUGGGGGGACUCCUAUGCUCCCCACUGGUGGCUGGUAGUUCUCUAAAAAAUGAAUUUCCUUUCUUUGUAAAAGAAAGACUAAAAAUGAAACACAAAUUCAGGUUAUCUCUAUAUAUACAUGUAGAUUUAUACGUAAUACUACAGAUGGUUUUGUCGACCAUAUAAAUGUAUGAACUUAGCCUUCCUUUUAUUUAGGUUUUAAUUUUAUUUGUUAAAGUUUAAGGAACAGUUCUAAGUUUGAUUUCCUGUCCCAAAAAAAAGAACAAAAGAAGUAAUAUUUUGGUUUCUGUGGUCUUUUUUUUCUUUUUUUGUGAGAUAUUUAACAUACUACAUUGAGACCCAGAGCCCAAUGUUGCCAGCUUUGGUUUCCUGGGAAACUGUUGCACCCUGGUGUGCAGGUGCACAGGUACACUGGCCAGGUAUGUACCUGCACAGGUAAGCUGGCCAGGUAUGUACCUGCACAGGUAAGCUGGCCAGGUGUGUACCUGCACAGGUAAGCUGGCCUGGUGUGUACCUGCACAGGUAAGGUGGCCAGGUUUCUACCUGCACAGGUAAGCUGACCAGGUGUGUACCUGCACAGGUAAGCUGGCCAGGUGUGCCAGUGACUGUGUAGCCUGGAUCUUUACAUCUUUAUUAACACUCAAUUAAAGGGAGAGAAUUUCUCUCUAUAUCUGAAAAUGUUCAAUAGAAAAAUCAGCAAAACUUCUCCUUAGUAUUAUAGAACACAUGUUUAGCACUUUCCAACCUUUUACGAGUUCAUAAUGUGAGAGGAUGCAAAAAUGACUGAAGGAAAACAUUUUAGUAUAUUUUUGUAUAGUAUAGACACAUGGACCGUUUCAAUCAAGGUAUUUUGCGGAGUUACUCUAGGGGAUAGAAAAUAAAUUAAACUAAAUUAUAAACAAUGAAAAUAGUUCUAGCUUAUUUUAAAAUUCAUCAUGUAGCUUCUUUGCUUUGAAAUAUCGUGUUCAGCACAAAGAUGAAAUGUACGCUUACAGUCGUCUCCCUGUGAGUCACUAAGUUUGCACCUUAAAGAGAAAAAUGAGUGAAUGCAUGUUGUUCAUGUGAAACGUUUGAUUGAACAUUUUGUCAGGUCAUGCAAUCUCUAACUGUGUGUUGUGCGUUUUUUAAGAUUGUAGCGCCACCAAAUCUCAUCUGUUGGAAAAAGAUAAUACUUUUCAAAAAAAAAAUAAAUAAAUAAACAGAUCGUUUCAAAAACCUUCAUGAUUCAAAACAAGUGAUUAGUAGUUUUUCUAUGUUUGUUUUGCGUUUGUUUUUAGUUUUUAGAAAGCACUCGAUUUUGUGGUGCUCUUUUUCUUUUAGCGGUAAUCGUUUUGUGCUUCGUUUUGUGUAUUCAUUUAAUUGACACUUUUCCAUAAUGAAAGUAUUUUACUUUUAGAAAUCCAUAUUCUUUUUCUGUUUUAAUUUAGUUUUGUUUCGGGGGGUUAUGUGUAAAAUCUAUAUUUUUUUACGGUAAGGAAAUAUAAUUUAAGUUGAUUCUAUCCAGAAUAAAUACAACAUGAAAUAAAAACUUGUGAAUUGUGAAAAGCAAACAGCGGUUACCAUUUUCUGAAAUGUGUUUACUAUACAUGUACUUCCUGUAAAUUCAGAUAUUGCCUCCUUUUUUCAAUGUGAAGUCUUUGUCAUGGAUUGCAAACAGCCAGUGAUCAGUUUAGCAUUCUGGCGGGUAUGGUUUAGUGUUGUGUUUGGCUGCGGACAGAUUUGUUUAUUGCUAUUGCAACCGUAAAAAAAAAAAAAAAAGAUUAAAAAAAAAGAAAA